AUGGGAAGCGUUGUGACCCACUGCUGUCGCAGGGAAGUUCCGGAUGCAAAUGAUCUGAAGAAUGAUCGGCCGGUCAUCACGGGGGGUCUCCUCAGUGGGGCUGCACCGCCGGCUCUUCUUCUGCAGACACCGCUCGAAGUGGAAAGAUGUGAUGAGCCGCGUGCCGUGCGGCCCAAAACCCGCACCUCCUUUGCGGCUGGGCGCUCAGUUACGGAGCAGCUUGGCUUCAGCCUCUAUGAGGCUUUGCCAUCGGAGACGCAGUGGCUCAACGAGGCGGUGGAUCGUUUGUGGGAGUACAUCGAGCAGGCCAUUCGAAAGCUGCUCCAAGAAGAUAUCACCAAGAAAAUCCGUGAGGAUUCUGAGCAGUCUUUGCUGAAGACGUUUGAGUUCACGAGCUGCAAUUUUGGGCGGGCCCGGCCGAAGUUCGGGCAGAUGAAGGUCCGGUCCAAGGGGAACUUGUUGGAGUUUUUCCUUGAGCUGGAUUGGGAUGCUCCCGAGUCUGACAUUGCAGUUUCCUUGGGGUCAAUGAAGCUGGGCAUGCAGCAUCUCAAACUCACUGGCUCUUUGCUGUUGGUUUUUUCGCCCUUGCUGGAAAAACUGCCCUUGGUCGGUGGCCUCAGUGUGACCUUCCCCGACAUCCCAGAGUUUUCCUGGACCUGGACUGGCUCGGCGGGCCUGGGCAUCCGCAGCAUCGCUGCGACGUUGGACCAGGUCAUGGCUUUGGACAUCAACAAAAAAAUUGUCCAGGCCAUUUUUGAACAGUUAGUGGUGCCAAAUCGAGUUUACGUGGACAUUGCCCAGUUGGCGCAGGAACGACAGCUGCCCAAGGAAGAGCGCAUUGAAAACUAUCGCUCACCUGACCCAAUUGGCGUGCUUUACAUUACGAUUUGGGAGGCGCGGGACUUGCCUGCAGCGGAUAUCAGCUUGCGGGGCUCCUCCUCAGAUCCCUAUGUGGUGGUGAAAGUGGGAAACAACAGUUGGCAAACAAUCAAGAGGACCCGAACCUUGAGACCAGUUUGGGGUCCGGCGCAUUCCAUGGAUUUUUUGGUCUUUCACAUGGAGCAACACGUUUGUGUCGACGUCUUCGAUUCCGACAUGCUGAGCUUCGAUGACUUGCUGGGAUAUGUGUGCACGACGAACACACGCAGACCUAGGAUCUCAGAUGUCAUUCCAGAGGUUGGCGAAGAAGACACCCGAGAGUGGGAUUUGCAUAACAAACAUGGCAAGUUGGGAGGCAAGCUGAAGAUGACAUGUCGUUUUCGAGAGCUCCGAGACAUCUCAGAGCGGGCUUUUGUUGAGCCUCAGUGGUUAACCUGCAACAACUGUCAGGAUCCGCUGCAGGAGAGCAAAAGCCUCAGAGCCUGCUCCUUGUGUGGCAGUCGUCCUUCGUCCCAGUUUCUAAGGUGUGGCAGUUGCUUCUCGGCCAAUGAUGCGCGCUUUGAGUGUGCCAAGGACAACUUCCGCUGUUGUUCUCAGUGUUGGCAGGAGCGUCGUCCAGCAGCAGCCAUGCUCCGGGUGUGUCUCAGAGAGGGCCUGGUGCCUGCGGAUGACGUUUUAGAUGGUGCCGGCGUGGCGCUUGGAGUCAAAGUGGAAGGAACUACCCAGUGGUCAGCUCCUGGAGUGCGACCCACCUACGACAACAUGGCAGAAAAGUCGGAGGCACAGAGGUGGAUCCGCAACCUCUGCGAGAGCUUCGACAAAGCAUCUGUGGCGAAGUGUCUGGAGAUCUCCGCCGAGCAGGUGCAGGAGGCAGUGAACAAGGCUAAGGACAGGGACGAGACGAGGGCGUCUGACCUCAUUGGCCAUGAGGCGGUGAUUUGGGAUCAUGCCUUGCACUUCUUGGUUCGUGAUCCCCACGAAGAGCUCCAAGCGACGGUGAUCUACCAGGGAAAGUCCAGAACUGCAGAUCAAGUUCCCUUGUUCCCAAAGAAGGUCAGGGAGUCCUUGCGGGUGAGCAGAGGCGACCGAGGUGCCGCGCGUGCUGAUCGCCGUGGAUUGCCGAUGUCAGAGGAGCCGCUGGAAGUGACUUGGACCAUCAACCUGGAUUCCGCUCGGACGGCCAGCAUUUUUGCAGAUGUUGCCCUCCAUGGACUCCUUCCACUCGGAAGCACCUAG